AAUUUAUUUUAAUGAUUUUUUUCUAUCACCCCCAUUUUCUAGAGCUUACACCAUUUCUAUAAAUUAGAGAGUUUUCUGAAAAAACAUUUCAUCAAAAUUCUCAAUUCUACCCUUGAAACCUUUUCGAAUUUUUCAAUCCGCCGUGACGGAAUGGCUCCGGCGACCUCAUCGCCUUCAUCUCAGAAGCUCACGAGCUUCAUCCACCGCACGCAUGCACCGCACCACAUUCGGAAAAAGACAUUUGACUCGCCGCCGGUCAAGAAGUACAGGUCAAUGGAUGAUAUAAUGGCAAGGGCGAAGUACGCGGUGGUGGAAAAGGAGGAUUACGGUAGCCUCAUGUGCGAGCAAUGUGGCACCGGUGAGCAACCGGAGGAGCUGCUAUUGUGCGACAAAUGUGACAAAGGAUUCCAUAUGAAAUGUGUGAGGCCGAUUGUUGUGAGAAUUCCGAUUGGUUCCUGGAUUUGCCCUAAGUGUUCGGGGGUGAAGAAAGUGAAAAAGUUCACGCAAAGGAGAAUACUUGAUUUCUUUGGGCUUCCAAGGGAUUUACCUGAUUUCAGACGGAAUAAUUCUGCUUCUCGGGAUGCUAUGAGGCGGCGGAGACGUCCAAAACCGCUGGUCUUACAGAAGAAAAGGAGAAGGUUACUGCCCUUUGUUCCUACUGUAGAUCCAGCCAGGAGAUUGAAACAAAUGGCCUCCCUAGCUUCUGCAUUAACAGCACUGAAUAUUAAAUUCAGUAAUAGCCUGACCUACUCUCCAGGAAUGGCUCCCCAAGAAGCGAAUCAGUCCACCUUUGAAAAUGGUGGAAUGCAGAAUCUUAAUAAGGAAGACACAAAAACCUUAGAGCGCUGCAUAACUAUGACCAAACGAGGCAAAUUCCCACCAUUAAUGGUGGUUUUUGAUUCAUGUCAAGGCUAUACCGUGGAGGCUGAUGGCCCUAUAAAAGACAUGACAUUUAUUGCUGAAUACACCGGGGAUGUGGAUUUUAUCAAGAACAGAGAAACUGAUGAUUGUGACAGCAUGAUGACGCUGCUUCUUUCAGGAAACCCUGCUACCAGUCUUGUUGCCUGUGCUGAUAAACGUGGAAACAUUGCUCGCUUUAUCAGUGGCAUCAACAAUCAUACUCAGGACGGUAAGAAGAAGCAGAACUGUAAAUGUGUGAGAUACAAUGUUAAUGAUGAAUCGCGGGUCUUUUUGAUUGCUACCCGAGAUAUUUCCAAGGGGGAGAGGCUUUACUAUGAUUAUAAUGGUUAUGAGAACCAAUACCCAACUCAUCAUUUUGUCUGAGUGAAAGUCAUAAAUAUUUUUUUAUUAGUCUUAUAGAUUUGGGACACAAUUUUAGAUCUUCGGAAAAGGAUUUUCAUGAUUCUCAUGAAAAAUAUAGCUUAUAGUCCUUGCAGAUUCAACAAAUUUUUUCUCAAAUAGUUGCGAUGAGUUAUUCAUUGUAAUUUAAGCUUAGAGCUGGCCCAGUUAUGUGGCUUAGAUAUGAAUAGAGAACCAUAGGAAAACUUUCUUCAGUUAAGUAAUGUCUCAAAAGAUGAGCUGAGAUAUACAUGUUUUCUUUUACUACAGUUUCUAGGGAUUGAAAAGAUUCUCAGAUUUUACAGUUUCUAGGGAUUGAAAAGAUUCUCAGAUUUUACAUUAAUGGUAUUAUCUUCAAUCUUUAUUUUCUUUUGA